UUGGGGUUAGAAUUUUUUGUUAUAUAUACCAACCUACCAUACACCUGUGCUUCCACUACCAACCUCAUUUUGAUUUUUCAGUCUCUCUAUUCCUUUUCCUUUCCUUCUUUUAUAUCUCACUUCAAUUAUACAAACCAACACUUUCACUCUUCAUACUUAUUGUAUGAAAUGGAUCCUUCUUCUCAGCAAAUGUCAAGGCAAUCAUCAAUGGAAAACAUGCUGGUUUGUUCAAAAGAACAGCAAGAAAACAAACCAAAACCUCAGCCAGAACAAGCUUUGAAAUGUCCGAGAUGUGAUUCCACCAACACUAAAUUCUGUUACUACAACAAUUACAGUCUUACUCAGCCGAGAUAUUUCUGCAAAUCUUGCAGGAGAUAUUGGACCAAAGGUGGGACAUUGAGGAAUGUUCCUGUUGGUGGUGGAUGUAGGAAGAACAAAAGAUCAUCGUCGUCGAAGAGGGUUCAAGAUCAAGCAUUUGUGCCGAAUCAUAAUCCGUUUUCUAACAUACCUCAUUUUGAUCAAUCUAAUGAGUUUGCAUUAGCAUUGGCUAGGCUUCAGAAACAAUCAUGUGGUGGACAAAUGGGGUAUGAUGAGAAUGAGUUUUCAAUGGUGGGAAACAAUGGAUCAAGCAUGAACAAUUCAAUGAACAUAAAUCAUGGGUUUAUGGAUGCAAUUAGAAGUGGGUUGUUUCUUGGAAAUGGAAUGCAUUAUAAUAAUAACAAUGUUCAGAAUAUGUAUAAUGGUGGGUAUGGAAAUGGUGACAAUGGAGAAGUGAAUAGUGGGAACAACAAUUGUGGGGUUAGUGAAGAGAUGAUGUUUAAUUAUGAUCAAGAAAUGGGCAAUUGCAAUGCUGCCUUUAACAUGAAGCAAGAGCAAAGUGAAAGUAAGGUUUUUGGUGGUUUUCCAUGGCAGAUGAAUGGAGGAAUUGCAAACAUGGGUGAAGUUGAACAAGCAAGAGCCAGUUGGAAUAAUGGUUUCAACACACCUUCUUGGCAAGGACUUCUUCAAAGUCCCCUAAUGUAGAAUCAAAAGCUAUUAUGGUCUUGAAUUGCGUCUAAUCUAUUGCAUAAAAAAUUGCGAUUGCAGACUGCAAUUUAGAAUGGUUGGUAUAAAUUCGUCUAAUGUUUGACUAAAUUAUAUUGGUUUAGGGUUAAUUAAAUUUUCAAUCCUCUUUAGUAGUAUUGGGUUGAUAAGAGAUUUGGUGCAUUUAAAAAUGGAUCAUUGAUCUUUUGUACCUUGUUUUGUUCUUUUAAUUUCUUCUUUUAUUAGAUUUACUAAAAUGUUACAUUUUUUUUUUUUGUUGUAAGAAAGUCUUUAUGUAAUAGUAUUGGUGAAUAGAGUAAUGAAAUUUGAGAUAUGUUUGUUUGCCACCAAAAUCAAUGAAAUUGGAGUGAACU